GGUUAUGACCAGAAUGAAUGUAGAACCCACAGAAAGACCUCACCAGGUUCGCUCCUUGCUUUCUUAUCGCGACCAGCUAAAGGCCAUUUCUACCAUGGCUUCUCGUGCCUAAUACCUGUUAAACCUCCCCCAGGCCUGUGUUUCGUGAUGUCAUUCUGCCCGCCGGCCUGAUACAGCUGUCCAACCCCUCGCCGCAACGAAACGGCAGCGGGCUGAGCAUUUGGUCUCCCCCAAUCUGUCGCGCGAAAACAGCUUGUUUUGGGUGCCGCAGAAUAAUUCUCGUCGCUUCGAUGGACGUCUAUUCGGAUACAGGGGCUGGUACGGACCCGGCGACAGACUAUCAGUAUCUUCGCUCUGACGCUGAGAGACAGAGUGCGGCGGCCCAAACAGUCUCCCAGGACUACGAUCAGGCAUUCCCACAACCGUCACCACCACAACAGACCGAGAGUCAAAAUGGUUCUCACGACGGCAAUGCUAUCGAUGGGAGCAGAAUACCUUUUGAUGAUCCGUCAGAAUCACCACAUCUUGCAUGGCUCCCCUCCGAGCUGCUGAACGAGAUUCUCUCCUAUCUGACGGCACGAGACCUCGCCCACGUAUCAACCACCUGCCGCACGCUGGCGGCACACGCCUCGAACGACAUGCUAUGGGCUUCGCUUGUCAAUGCGCAGCUGUCGAUACCCCUCGCGGAUCCGGGCCCCUUCGGCUCGUUCCGGGAGCUCUUCAUCGCCCACCACCCAUACUGGUUCAUCCCGCGGCACAAAGUCUGGAUCUCCGACACGGAGCACACGGGAAAUUUGAUCCUGGCGCGCUACGAUUACCGCCGGGGCGUGAUCGAGGCUUACCGGGUCAUCGCUGAGCGACCCGUACCGCAGUCCGAGGUCUGGGACUGGAAUCCCGAGGUGGUUGUGCUCACCUUCGACCCGAAGGUGAGGCUCUGGCUGGACGACCCCGUGAUCCUGCUCAAGAACAACAAGCUCAAUGGGAAACCCACGCGGUACUAUCUGCAUGGAGAAAUCCGGAUGCCGAUGGAGAUCGAGUCGCAACAUGUUUACAACGCCAUCUCGCUGUGUCCGCGCGAGUACCCGUCCGAUCUGGAACAUGCCCGCCCAGACAAACAAUGGCCACCACCAGCCAUCCCCAGCUCCACACGCGUCUACCGGGAGGUAGAAAGGCACUGGUCGGAAUGGAACGAGCGUCCACGAAGCAUCGCGCAGGUCUCCGAGGCGGCGUUCCGGAUUCGCCGCUGGGCCCAUUUCGGCGUGGGGAUGUACUUGUUCACGGCGGGGACCAGCGAGGCGCUCUCGACCUACGCAACACUCGACUCGAGUCUUUACACGCCCACCAAGCAGAAGCCGUACCAGGGGAUCUGGGUGGGGGACUACCUAGCUCAUGGAUGCGAAUUUAUUCUCUUCCUGCAGCGGGACGGCAAUAAUGCUCACAACAACAAUGACAGUCCAUCUAUGAACCGGGGGAGUCUAGAAGGAAUCAAACUCACCGGUGACCCGAACGUGCCCCGUGGCGAGGUGUCCUUCAUCGCAGACGAUAUCGGCGAUGACGGUCUCGUGCGCAUCGCUGGCGCAGACGAGGCUCCCUUCCAAGGCUCCCGGAUUGUGCGUAGUCGAGGCCAUGUCGCCGGGCUUGGCUUUCAAGAUGAUGUCUUUAUCUCGUCGCAAUUGAUCUUGAUCUCUACGAACUGCAUCGCCCAUUACUGGGAAUCAAUGGGCCAUGUCACCUAUUUCCGUCGCGUGGAUAUCGACGCCCUCCUAAACACUUGAUCUGCCUGAAUCUAGCAUAGUAUGGAGUAUUGCCGGGACAUUUGAAUCUUACACAUAUCGGAGUUGGUUGGCUUUGAUGACUUAGUCUAAGACAAGCAAUUCAGCGAAUGGCCUAACCAUGAGUUUUGAUCGGUUUUUUCUUCCUCAGUGUCAGCCAUAUAUGAAAUGUAUAGAUAUUCCACAAAUGUAAUUCAGCUCCUAACUCCAGACCCUUCUCCACAGCCAAAUCAUCGUGAAGGGGAAGAAAAAGUCUCCUAGUCUGUUGGUUUCAACAAGGUCAUCGAUAAAAGAGCAAAUAUACAGAAAACACAUAUGUAUAGCGCAAUGCUACAUGUCUGUGGGACGGAAAAAAGGGAAAAAAAGGGUUAAGAAAAAGGAAAGACAACCUUCUCGGGUUCAAGUCACCAGGACCACUUUAGAAACCAGAAAGGAAUAAAAGAAAAAAGCAUGGAUGCCCCUCACUUCCGUGAAAACAGCUUCAGUAAUUCGUACAAA